UUCGGAUAGCUGCGAAGCGCUGCUUUGUUAGCUCUCCAAUUGUUUGCUGAGCCUAUUUUUUUUAAUAUCCUACGCGUUCCUUCGCCCCUAGUAUAAUUAAAAACCGGUAAACUUGUACAAAAUACAGUAUUAAAUUACAAAAUAUAUUUUUAAAACUUUGAAGUGCAAGGUGAAACUUUGUGUUUUCAGUGUUUUAGUGUCGCUCAAAUUUUAUGUGAAAUGAUAGAAGAUAGAUUUAUAAUUAUUUAGGUCUAAGCUAUGGAUUGUGACACAAAUUUGUACAAGACACCAAUAAGACUAGAUCCCGGCUCAUGGUGCCAAUCAAAACUAAAAUAAGCGCAAAAUGGCCGUUCAAAAUGCAAAUUCCCGCUCAAAGAACUGUCAAAGUGACGUUAGUCGAGUGAAGUGAGUGUCCGAAAUGUACGUUCGCUGCUCAGCAUGGUGACGCUGAUGCCGUGUAGCUACCUCGGCGGCGGGUCUCCGCGCUGCAGCUUGGAACAUACGGAGCCUAAGGCAAAGAGACCUAGGUCCGACAACAACACCGAUGUAUCUGAUAGACUAUCGGGCGAAGUCAAUCAAAGCCCUUGCGGGUCGGAGUCAACGUCGAAUUCGCCGCCAUCUUUGCUCCAAGACGCGUCACUGCCGGCGCUGCUAGUGUCGGGGGCGUCCACCAUUUUCAGAACGACGACGGCCGCCAACUCCGCGCUGAACGCAGCUGUAGACAGCCUAUGCUUACCUGGUAGCUCGGACGUGGACUGCAGCUUGGCGAACGGAUGUGCGACGUCCCUUGGGCUAGCGUUACCCCUGACGUCAACCGGAGGGAUUUGUACGUCUGCCUCUUCGCCAUCGGCGGUGGCCUGGUUGAUGAAUGAGGAUAGCACGGGUGGUGGCGUCAAGAGCGAGGUGCGCAGCCCCGGGCUGUGCGAGGCGGACGUGGCGCUGUACGGGGAGACCCUGCCGUACGACCAGUCCACGCUGCCCUACCAGUAUUACAACAGUAUGCAGCAAUAUGGCGGCGGCAGCGCGGCGUCCUCGUACGUCGGCUCCACUCUGUACAACCAGCCCUACACCGCGUACCCUCCGGCGCACAACUCUAAUAACAGGUCGUCGUGCAAAGCGACGCCAACGUAUCUGAGCUAUGGCGUCGGCGGCGUUGGUUCCGUCGCGGGUUCGGGGUUCGGUGCCCAGCCCUCGCCAUACUACCCCUCCUAUAAUGGAAGCCUCACACAGACCUUUCCUCAGCAAGACUACAGCAGUUACGCCAGCAGCUACGCAGAGCACAACGUCGCUCAAUACAGCGGGUACUACGCGACGCCAAGCUACUCUCCCUACCACGCCGUCAGUUCGCCAAGCAGUAGCGGCAGCGCGGGACACACGUCGUACCAUCUUGGCGGCGCGUUAUCAGAGUCACCAUCAUCAAUGCUUCCUUCAUUAAAUGACAACAAUCCUCUAUCACCGAUCAAAAAUGAAAUACACGCAGCAAGCCGGAGAUGCAGAGAAAACUCUGGUGAAAGCACAAGUAGAACCCGAGGCAGGGGUCGACGGAACACAUCAUCUUCACCAGCACAGCAUGUUCCUGAGCCCGCCACGGACCGGGUGUUCAUCUGGGACCUGGAUGAGACCAUUAUCAUAUUCCAUUCGCUGCUCACAGGGACUUAUGCGACAAAGUAUAAUAAGGAUACACAACAAAUAGUACAGCUGGGAUUCAGAAUGGAAGAGAUGAUAUUCAGCUUGGCUGACACACAUUUCUUCUUUAAUGACGUUGAGGACUGCGACCAGGAGCACAUAGACGCGGUAGCGGCUGACGAUAACGGGCAAGACUUAUCCGCGUACAACUUCUCGUCGGACGGCUUCCACGCGGGCGGCGCGGCGGGCGCCGCCCCCGCGCUCUGCGCGCCUGGUGUGCGCGGCGGCGUGGACUGGAUGAGGAAACUGGCGUUCCGAUAUCGGAAGAUUAAGGAUACUUAUAAUAAUUAUAGGAAUAGUGUGGGAGGCUUGCUAGGGCCAGCAAAAAGAGAACAGUGGUUACAACUGCGGGCAGAACUCGAACAGGCUACGGACAACUGGCUAACAUUGGCUUGUAAAUGCCUCAACAUGAUCAACUCAAGGGAAAAUUGCGUGAACGUCUUGGUGACGACGACACAGCUUGUACCAGCGCUAGCCAAGGUGCUGCUGUUCGGGCUUGGAGGCGUGUUUCCUAUUGAGAACAUCUACUCGGCCACCAAGACUGGCAAGGAAACAUGCUUCGAGAAAAUCAAACAACGCUUCGGCGAACGCUGCACGUACGUCGUUGUCGGCGACGGCCAAGAUGAAGAGGCGGCCGCCAAAGCUAAGAACUACCCCUUCUGGCGAGUCUCCUCGCAUUCGGACAUAGCCGCACUGUACAACGCGCUGGACAUGGGCUUCUUAUGAUUUCUGCGCGCCUGGUACACGAUACGGUUAGGUAUAGGGAAAAUGUGUCAUUGUUUUGGAGAAAACUAGAAGAUUAGUCUCAUUUUGACAUUACAACACUUUAGAGGCGAGUUUGGAAUCUUAAGUUUCUUGGUACUCAUCAAGAUAAAGGAAAUUUUAAGAGAAUGUCACCAAUUUGGUGAAAACCAAAAAAGGAAGCCCAAGAAGAGAAAGCAAGGCAAGGCCAAGAACUACCCUUACUGACGAAUACCAGCAAGCGAGCAUUAUCCAUGUUCAAUUUUGGGUAUGCGCAUAUUGUUGAUUAAAGUAAAAUAAAUACCGAAGAAUAGCAGCCAAGGCCAAGAAUGGUUAGGUUGGUUAGGACUUAGGUAUAGACAAAAUGUGUCAUGAGAAAAUUAGAAAAUAGAAAAUACCAUCCUAACUCGUUUUAUUUUGAUACAAGAGCACUGUAAAGGCGUGUUUGGGAGUUUCUUAUGAUUUCUGCGCGCCUGGUACACGAUACUUUUAGAUAUGAGGGAAAUGUGUUACCGAUUUGGCAGGAACUAGAUACGGACUAGUGGUUUGACAUUGUAUGGAACAUUAUUUUAUUUAUUUUCAUGUUUAUGAAGUUGGUACAUCAGUACAUCUACAUAACAUAAUUGAAUUUAAAAAUUGUGUCUAAAAUUUGUUGGCGCCGGACGACUGUAAAAAUGUGUCAUAAAUUUAACAGGGAAUAUACGGUCUAAUUGUUUGCAUCAGUGCUUCAACAAUGUGGAACUCUGAGUAUACUGAGUAUCUCGUAAAUUUAAGACACCUUUAAUAUCUUCCCCAUAACUUCUGUGGGCCUGGUACACAAGUUACAAGAUUAUAAGGAAAUAUUGAUUUUCUCGCCGCUCUUGUUCAUUUCUGCGCGCCUAGUACUCGAACUACGUAACAUUGCAGAAAUAGAAAUUGAGAAAUUUUUACUCAACUAUGUGUUUAUGUACGAUAAAAAGGUAUACUAAUUUAAUUGCAUAUUAAGAACGAACAAGUACGUUGUAAAGACAGCUAAAAGAUCUGUUAUAAUUUUGUAAGAUACAACUAUCAUAUCAUACGUCAUAUAAGCCGUGGCCGCGACUUUACUCAUAAGUACAUUAUUAUUAUUUCUAGUAUCGGAGUUUGCGGUCACCGUACUAGAUAUUAUUUAGUUUUAAAAGCUCAAAGUCAGCUCAAAAACUUAUAAAAAUAAAUUUAAACUUUUUUUGUAUAUAUUUAUUAAUAUGUAUAGUAGAAUUCUCUGAGGAGAACUACGAGUCCAUUCCUAUUUAGUAAGUUUAUAUUCUAUUUGUACAGAGUUUUAUUUUAGUGAAAGUGUAGGAAAUGUUUGAAGAUAUACGUGUUCUGUUUCUGAGUUAUUUCGAUGUUGCUUGAGACCAGGAAAUAAUAACGAUUUCUGAUCUGAACUUCAUACAAAAUUGUCAACAAAAUUGAAAUAGUGACUUAAAUAAGUCCUUAUCAGCUCGGGAUAUAUAUUUCUAUAAAAAUAUCAGCAUCAUUAUUUCUAUACAUUUUGUGUCAAUGUGUUGAAUUCUAGUCAAAAAUCCCACUUUGCCGCUUAUCUUAGGAAUACCAUUGGAAAGCGUCUAUGGCGAGCGACAUUGGUGUCUUUUGGAAGCGAUACGAAUUAUCUUUUAUGUACCUACUUACGUCUUAUAAAUCUCGCUGUAGCACCGAGGCACGGUCUCACCAGACUUUUGAUCCGGAGGUCGCGGGCU